GUGCAUUUUUAUCCUAUGUGGCAUGUGCUUCUUGACUUUAGAUUCCUCUCUUUGGUUUUUGCCUUAGUAUAGUAUGUAGAAGAUAGAUUAUUUCUCGGUUACAAGAAAAAAAAAAUAGAUGGCGUUUAUUAUUUUCAUAUGCGGACGGUUGGGUUAAGAUGUCAUUUUCAAGCAUAAUUUGUUUUUUCCAUGUCGAAGAAAUAGUCGACCGUCUUAAUUAAUGAAUACACAUUUGCAAUUUUAUUAUGUGUCAUAAAACCAAGUUGGAAUCUGGGAGAGAAGCAAAACACGAUUGAUGAACUUCACGUGUAAUCUUCAUAUUCUAUUUGGUGAAUAUAAUAUUGUAUCCCUUUGAACAACAUAUUACCGGAGUUAAGCAGCAGUAACAAAUGGCAAGCAAAACCUUGAACCCAGCUAAACGGUAGUAGUAAGAUAAUGUUUUGCUUUGAUUAAGAUGUAAAGAUGGUGUAAUCAUGUCUCAACUUUCACGUCAUCCACUAACAAAACUUUGAAUGAAACCAAUGGACAGACUAAUGUGACGAUUGAAAAAACAUCACGCAAACUCAAUUCACAUUUCACAAUCAUGAGAUUUCAAACUUCCGAUUUACCCACCGAAACAAAACAAAAAGUCCCUCUAAAAUUGUGUAGCUUUUGAGCGAUUCAAAUUUAUAAUAGUAUCAUCGAAGAACCAAAGCUAAUUAAGCUGAACACAGAUCACAGGGGAAAAAAGGGGGUUUUAACUUUUAAUCAAUCAUGGCGGCCAAAUUCUUGACGCUGGCGGCAUGCAUCAGAAAUGAGAGCCGGGAUUUGUCCCCGAGGCCGCACUACCCAUCAAUGCCCAAGUACCCAAAAGGCAGAUUCCCAUCCACCGAUGAUGAAGAGAAGAACAUCAUGGCUGAAGGCUCCGAAUCCAAGGCUCUGUUCUCAGUUACAGGGAUGACUUGCUCUGCAUGCGCUGGCUCUGUUGAAAAAGCCAUUAAAAGGCUUCCUGGGAUUAAAGAAGCUGUGGUUGAUGUCUUGAACAAUCGUGCCCAAGUCUUGUUUUUUCCCAGCUUCGUCAAUGUAAGUCUUGUGUGUUUUCCUUUGCAGAGGUUUUAGAUUCCGAAAAAUGUGAUCUUUUUUUUUCUUUUUUUGUGGGUUGUUCUUCUUCGAGAUGGGUUUUCGGGUGGUUAAAUUCUAGUACUAUUUCAUUUGCAUUUUUACAUCUGGGAUGUAUGCAAAAUGUUGAAUUUUUCGUAGUGAAGCUGUUUAGAAUAGGGAAUUUUAUGAUUAUCUGAUGGAAAAUUGUGUGCUUAAUCCUGGUUAUCUCCACCUCAAUUGGCCAUGAUGUCACAAUUUUAAGUCGGUGAUUAGUUUGGUGGUUGCCGGUACUUUGCUGGGUUUUUAAGCCAAAAUACGAAGUGGGGUUUCAAUGGUUGUUUAGUCUCUAAGUGCUGUCGUUUGUGGAAAUUUCUUAGAAGGAAACACUGCCUUGAGGUUACUCUUCAGUUUUGUAGUAUUGUGGGAAAAGAAUGGAGCUCUCUUCUUUGGGAAUCUACAAUUGGAACAAAAUUUCAGGACAAUUGAUUGAAUGAGCAAACAAUCUGUGAGACCAUUGAAGAUGUUGGAUUUCAAGCUGCAAUAAUCAAAGAAGAGACAAAUGAAAACUCCAUCCAAGUGUGCAGGAUUACCAUAAAAGGAAUGACGUGUACGUCAUGCUCCACUACAGUAGAAUCUGCCUUACAGGUUAUCCCUGGCGUAGCAAAAGCUCAGGUUGCUUUAGCUACUGAAGAAGCUGAAGUUCACUAUGAUCCAAAGAUUCUAAACUACAACCAGCUCUUGGAAGCUGUAGAAGAUACUGGAUUUGAAGCAAUUCUUAUAAGUACGGGGGAGGAUAGAAACAAGAUACAGUUGAAAGUUGAUGGAAUUCGAACUGACAAUUCAAUGAGGAUAAUUGUCAAUUCGCUCGAAGCUUUACCAGGAGUUGAAGGUGUAGAAAUAGAGCCAGAGCUUCAAAAGCUGUCACUUUCUUACAAGGCAGAUGUUACAGGCCCCAGAAACUUCUUCCAAGUAAUUGAAUCAACUGGAUCAGGAAGAUACAAAGCGAAAAUAUUUCCCGAAGGUGGAGGAAGAGAAGCCCAUAAGCAGGAGGAAAUCAAGCAAUAUUACAAGUCAUUUUUCUGGAGUUUAGUUUUUACUAUUCCUGUUUUCUUAACUUCCAUGGUUUUCAUGUAUAUCCCUGGUCUUAAGCAUGGACUAGAUACCAAAGUUGUCAACAUGCUCACUAUUGGGGAGACCUUAAGGUGGGUACUAUCCACUCCCGUGCAGUUCAUCAUUGGAUGGCGCUUUUAUACUGGGUCAUUUAAAGCAUUACGCCAUGGAUCUCCAAACAUGGAUGUCUUGAUUGCCUUGGGAACUAAUGCAGCAUACUUUUAUUCAGUAUACUCAGUGGUCAGAGCUGCAAGUUCUCCGACUUUUGAGUCCACUGAUUUUUUUGAGACCAGUUCAAUGCUGAUUUCAUUCAUUUUACUUGGGAAAUAUCUUGAAGUGUUGGCAAAAGGGAAGACAUCUGAGGCUAUUGCCAAGCUCAUGGACUUGGCUCCAGAUACAGCAACCUUAUUAACCCUUGACGAUGAAGGUAAUGUGGCAAAUGAAGAAGAAAUAGAUAGUCGAUUGCUGCAAAGGAAUGAUGUGAUUAAAGUUUUGCCUGGUGCAAAAGUGGCUUGUGAUGGUUUCGUCAUUUGGGGUCAGAGCCAUGUUAAUGAGAGCAUGAUAACUGGAGAAUCUAGGCCUGUUGCUAAAAGGAAGGGUGAUGUGGUGAUUGGAGGAACAGUCAAUGAGAACGGAGUGCUGCAUGUUAAGGUCACAAAGGUAGGAUCAGAAAGUGCUUUAUCCCAGAUUGUUAGACUCGUUGAAUCAGCACAAAUGGCUAAAGCUCCAGUGCAAAAGUUUGCUGAUCGCAUCUCAAAAUUCUUUGUGCCUCUUGUUAUAUUCCUAUCCUUCUCCACUUGGCUUGCCUGGUUUUUAGCAGGAAAAUUCAAUGGCUACCCAAAGUCCUGGAUCCCUUCCUCUAUGGAUAGCUUUCAACUUGCCCUUCAAUUUGGCAUAUCUGUUGUGGUUAUCGCCUGCCCAUGUGCCCUUGGACUUGCUACUCCAACUGCUGUCAUGGUUGGCACUGGAGUUGGUGCUUCCCAAGGUGUCCUAAUUAAAGGCGGCCAGGCAUUAGAAAGUGCACAUAAGGUGAACUGUAUAGUUUUUGACAAGACGGGGACCCUCACAACUGGGAAGCCAGUGGUUGUCAAGACGAGGCUUUUGAAAAAUAUGGCUCUUCGAGAAUUUUAUGAAUUAGUUGCUGCAGUCGAGAUAAACAGUGAGCAUCCUUUGGCAAAAGCAAUUGUUGAAUACGCUAAAAAGUUCAGAGAAGAUGAGGACAGUAAUGUCUGGCCUGAAGUGAGUGAAUUUGAAUCAAUAACAGGCCAUGGUGUGAAGGCUAUUGUCAGAAACAAGGAAGUGAUUGUAGGUAACAAGAGUUUAAUGUUGGAGAACAACAUUGUGAUACCUAUUGACGCUGAAGAAAUUCUAGCAGAAACUGAAGGGUUGGCCCAAACUGGAAUUCUUGUAUCCAUUGAUCACCAGCUAGUUGGAAUUCUGGCCAUAUCGGAUCCACUGAAACCUGGAGCAAAAGAAGUUAUCUCCAUUCUCAACUCUAUGAAGAUCAAGACCAUACUAGUCACAGGUGACAACUGGGGAACAGCUCAUGCUAUUGCCAAAGAAGUUGGAAUAACUACUGUAAUUGCAGAAGCCAAACCAGAACAUAAAGCUGAGAAAGUGAAGGAACUGCAGGGUUCAAGUGGCAUAGUGGCAAUGGUGGGAGAUGGAAUAAAUGAUUCACCGGCACUUGUAGCAGCUGAUGUUGGAAUGGCAAUCGGAGCAGGUACAGACAUAGCGAUCGAAGCAGCUGAUAUUGUCCUCAUGAAAAGCAAUUUGGAGGAUGUCAUUACUGCCAUAGACCUCUCGAGAAGCACAUUUCGCCGAAUUCGCCUGAACUAUGUGUGGGCUCUGGGCUAUAACCUCCUUGGCAUCCCGAUAGCUGCCGGGGUACUCUUUCCAUUUACUGGAUUUCGCUUACCACCAUGGAUUGCUGGGGCUGCAAUGGCAGCCUCUUCAGUAAGUGUUGUUUGCUGCUCGCUUUUGUUGAAGAACUACAAGAGACCUAAGAAGCUCGAUACUCUAGAGAUACAAGGAAUCACCGUUGAGUGAACAGAGAUGAUAAAGGGCAACACUCAAAAGGGCUCUUUACAUGUAGAAGUUCAAAUCAAUGUUCUCCCUGGUUGUCUUGUAAUAUAUAGCUGAUUAAUAAGCUUGUCAAGGGAAUAGUUGGGAUUCUGUAAGAACUUCAAACCAUGUACAGUGAGGUUGUUGUUCAGCAGAUAAGUGCUUCGUGUUAUAUUCAGAUGUAUUCAGAUGUAUUUUGAAACAUGAAUGAGCUCCCUAUUUAUACAAGAAGUAGGGGAUCGAACUGUGAGAAAUGAAUCAUCUAUCAUUAAUGCUAAAUAUUAUAGAAUCAUAUCUCUUUGAUUGUGAA